GGUUUUGUAUCGUACCACAAGCUUGGCUAAGCUCGCAUUGGUUCCCCUAGCUUACCUAAUACUAGCUAGACAACUCAGUCCCUCCACCCCACGAUAAUCUUUGUAUCUUUCGCUCGUACAAAGAUACUCGCAGUAUAAUCCUGAAGAAAAAAAAGGCAACAUAGCUCCAUCCCGCUCGAAAUGUCCACGCCUAGAGAAGGAGUAAACCCCCUGCGUCCCUAUUAUAUACCACCCUCUAUAGGGGACCAGGCCGGGAGUCUCCCGUCACAACCGAAUCCUUUCUCCCACGGAAAUGCGACAGCUUCAACACCAAGCAAAUACGCGUCUAGAGCUCGCGAUAUCUUUCCCGAUAUAGACUAUAAGGAUCACCUUGACGAUAUAUCACCAUCUACUAUACAAUCCGUCAAGAGUCUAGUAGACGAGCUAUUAUGGAAGUAUACGUCGGUAAUAAUGGCUCAGCCCUUCGAGGCGGCCAAGACGAUUCUGCAAGUGAGGAGUCAAGAUGACCUCGGGGGGUUAAAUACCCAAGCGGCACCGAAGACAGCCCCGAGGCCUGCCAGCCCGGUUCUAUCGAGCCCGAAUCUUCCUAGUCCGAACGUCAUCGCCUCGGAUCGCUCAGUAUGGGACGAGGAAGGCGACUCCGACUCCGAUCCGGAAGGCUCCUCAUAUUUUACGACUAAUACGCCAUAUACGCCUACACCGCCACCAAAGUCGAAGAGGAGGGAUUCGUCACCCGCAGCACCCGCCAAAUCGCCUACGAGACCCGUAACCCUCCCACAUCAUCUCGCUCUAAAGCGGCCCGACUCGAUACUUGAUGUGCUGUCGCAAUUAUGGUCGAAGGAGUCGGUGUGGGGGGUCUGGAAAGGAACAAACGCCACAUUUCUCUACACGGUGCUGCAGUCGCUAUUUGAGAAUUGGUCGCGCAGCCUCCUAAGCGCGCUAUUGAACGUUCCUGAUCUGGGACUAAAAGACGACGUCGACAGGCUAGUCGAUGUUGCGUCGCCGUACCCUUGGGCUUCGUUGUGCGUUGCCGCAGCCGCAGCCGUCGCGACGGGCCUCAUAUUAGCCCCUCUCGAUCUCGUCCGGACGAGAUUGAUCGUCACAUCCACCGGACGUACCCCGCGGCGGACACUAUCAACUCUACGCUCACUACCUUCGUGGCUGUGCCCAUCUUCCCUAUUAGCACCCACUAUUCUCAACUCUCUCGUCCACCCGCUCCUCACGUUAUCUACGCCCCUCGUCCUACGAACCCAAUUCCUAAUCGACCGCGAGCAGUCCCCUAUGACUUUCUCCGUGGCCAAAUUUUGCACCUCGUGUGCGUCCUUAUUCGUCAAGCUACCGUUGGAAACGGUCCUCCGCCGUGGCCAGGUGGCGGUACUGUCGGAGCACACGUAUCUGGAUGCUCUCGAUCAAACAGAUAAGUUGGAGACGAUCGUACCGCUGGGACGAUACAAUGGAGUGUUCGGUACGAUGUAUACGAUUGCUACCGAGGAGGGCUCGAGAGCCGUGUACGCGGUACCGAAUAAGACUCCGGCCCGCGGUAAGAAAGCGAAGCAGCCCAAGACUACCGCAGAGGUGGUGUACAAGAGGGGCCAGGGACUCGAUGGUCUCUGGAGGGGGUGGAAGGUCAGUUGGUGGGGCCUCAUAGGGCUAUGGACGGCGGGAGUGGCAGGAGGUGGCGGAGAAGGAGAGUUCUAAACAAAUACCCAGACCUCCUCGAUCUUCAAAGCAUACGAUGCUGCAUCGGCGACGGAAAAUGCAGGGAGAGGAGCGGAGCUGAGGUAUCCAACUUGGCAUCCCAAGGCUAUUCCCAACCCUGCAUGAUUUUAUGUUCGAAAGGAAAAGCAAAGAUGUAAAGCAAAAGCGCCUCAUGAGAUACGGCAUGAUUCCCCCAUAUACGUAACGUAACGAACUUGAUUCAGUAGCGCAUGAUCGUGUAAAUAGACAUUCUUACGAUUGUGAAAACUUAAUAUCUACUCUCAACUUUGAUGAGACGCUCUUUAACUGAGGACAUGAGGAUUCAACUAGUUGUAAUCAAACGCUCACAAUUAUA